CGGACAUAAAGGGAGGAGCGUUUCCUGUUUCUAUGCAACCUCUGGAAAACGAGAUCGUGAUGUUAAUUUUAUGAGAAAUACCGGCGUGUGAUACAACCAGCAUCCGCUUCCGCAUGCAGCUACUUACUUUACCUUAGGCGUUGAAACUCGAUCAAAGUACGGAUACCUGCAUCCCACUACAUCGAUCGACCUUGCCUAAGGUAACCACCACCACCUCACGCUACCUUAGGUACUCACGAAACCAAGGCACUCGGUAGCUCCAACAGGUACCUUACCUAACUUCAAACUAUCCGGAUCCGUAGGGCACAUCAUCUUGAGCUGCUGCCUCCCCUCAAAACCCCCCUCGCGGGACGUUCUCUCUCAGAUGGUCCUCCCACCAAACACCACGCCCAACCCCGAUCCCAUCGCCAUCUUCCUCCCAGCCAUGUCGUCCGCCGUUCCAGAAUCCACCACAUCCUCCGAGGCACCGGGCCCGGCCCCGGCGCCCCCAGCCGCCACCCCGCUCCCCGCCCACCUCAAAUCAUCAUCAUCAUCAGAUCAGCAACCGCUAGCCCCCGCCGCCGGCGCCGCCAGCAAUCACCCCCGUCCCGUCCCGGACUUUGCCCUCCCCAAGCUCCGCCUCGAGAUCCGCGACCUCAACGACCCGGCCGCAGCCCACUUCCUCUCCGCCGUGAACGCCAGCACCGCCCUCGCGACCGCCGUCCGCUCCGUCCUCGCCCUCCUCUACGAAUCCCCCUCCAACCACACAACCCACGUCCCGCCAACCCGCUCCGUCACCCUCAUCCUCCGCCCCAUGGGCGGCGUCGCCUACACCACGGGCUCCGACCUCGACGACGACCACAAGGAGAUCCACUUCUCCAUGUCCUACAUCGCCGGCAUCCCCGCCGACCGCCGCACCGCCGAGAUCAUGGGCGUCCUCACCCACGAAAUGGUCCACUGCUUCCAGUACAACGCCCACGGAACCUGCCCGGGCGGCCUGAUCGAGGGCAUCGCCGACUGGGUCCGCCUCAACGCCGACCUGAGCCCGCCUCACUGGAAGCGCGACGCCACCGGGAACUGGGACGGCGGGUACCAGCACACGGGCUACUUCCUCGACUACCUCGAGGGCCGCUUCGGCAAGGGCACCGUCAGGAGGAUCAACGAGAAGCUUCGUACCCAGCGCUACAAGGAGAAGGAGUUCUGGACCGAGAUCGUGGGUAGGCCCGUCGAGCAGCUGUGGAAGGAUUACGGCGACAAGAUGAAGGAGGAGGAGACUGUGAUUGUGAACAAGGACGAUAUUUCGGAUGAUGAUGUUAGAUUGGGGAGGAUCCGAGCUGCCGAUGAGGUUCCACAGUGAAGAGCCGAUUUACCACCAUGUUAAUAUAGACGAGGAGAUACACUCCCUGUCAUUCUGGAGUUUGUUACUUUGAUUGUCACGGACACGGCGAUGUGGCGACGGCUGCUCGGAAUGCAGAUCGUCAGGGAAGACGUGGGAUCGCAGGGAAAUGCAUUUAGAAACUAAAGGUUUUAUUUC